CUCCGGUUGCACUGCGUCCAGCCCGGCUCAGUCCUCUAUCUUGCAUUCUAACAGGCCUCUGGACCCGUUGCGCGCGUGCACGCGAACUGCAGCUCUCGCUGCGCCCCGGCAUCACAACUUGCAGACACUGCACACCAAGUGCCAAUCAUGCCGCGCCGGCGACGAACCGGGAUGGUGGUGCUGGCGUGCGGCGCGACGGCGUUCCAGCAGCCACGCGCGCGUCGCGCCUUAACGCGGCGCGCCGCCGAGGAGCCGGACCUCGCCGAGCUCAAGAGCCUCUUCGAGGCGCAGCCGCGGGCGCCGCGGGCGGACGACGACGCCGGCGACGGCGACGAUGAUGAUGAUGAUGGCGACCUCGGGUCGCUCUUCGCGCCGCCGCCCGCGCGCGAGGUGAGCGCGGCCGAGCGCGACGCGUUCGUCGCGAGCCUCAAGCUCGAGGACAUCGUCGACGAGGGGUACGCCCGGGCGCGCGAGACGAUCGAGGAGACGGCCGACGCGCAGCGGCGGGACGAGGCCGCGGAGGUGCGGAAGGCGCUGGACGCGGCCGUCGCCGAGGUCGAGAAGAGCGAGCGCGAGGCCCUGGAGGCGCUCGAGGGCCGCGUGGGGGCGCUCGUGGACAAGGUCGGGGCGCGGGAGGCGGACUUCGAGAAGGCCGUGCGCGACGCGCGCGCGGCCGCUUCUCAAAUGGAGGCGUUCGAGCGCGACGCGGGGACGUACAAGCUCGCCGCGGGCGGCGCCGCGGUCCUACUGCUGGCGACGACGUUCCUCGCGUCUCAGUAAUGAUAUUAGUCGGA